AUGCAACUUGAACCCAAUAGUACGAAUAUCGGUAGCAGCAGCAGCACCAGCAGCGGUGGCGACAGUAGCCGUAGUAGCAGCAGCAGCAGCAGCGACAGCGACAGCGACGGCAGCACCAGCAGUACCAGCAGUGCGAUAAGGCGAAGAAGUAGUAUAGAAACGAGAAAGGAGAAGCAAGAAGAGAAGAAACAAGGAGAAGAGGAAGGAGUGAGCGUGUGUAAAGGAGAGAGUGAGCAAAGGGACGACGAGGUAGAGGAGAGAGACGCAGGUUCCGAAGCUCUCGGCGAGGAACCGAGCGUGAACGCUGGCGCUAGCGUUAACGCUGGAUCUAUCGAGUCUAAGACAAUUUUAAUACCAAGAAGAGAAUCACCGUGUCCGAGUGUCACGAGGAAUAAGAUCUCAAGGUAUAGGAGAUCGCGUCGUAAGAGGUGGACGACAGUAAAGACGAAGCUCCUAGCCAAAAGGGAGAACCCUACGAUAAGUGCGAUAGGUCGAGGAGCAGGAGUUUGCGCUUAUGGCUGUCUUUUAAAAGUCUAUCCAGAAGCACGGAGAUCAUCCUCUGCUGGUAGUAAAGCUGUUUGGUUAUCGAGAGGGUGCGUGUCAGUGCGCGGCAGUUCCGACCUGGUGAAGCAGCAGCACGACCAGAAGGAGGUGAAGGCGUCGGAGGUCGUGGUGGCGGCGGCAGCAGCAGCAGCGGCGGCGGCGCUGUCUGAGGAAGAGGAGGAAGAAGAGGAGGUGGUGUUGGAACCGAAGGUGGAAGUAGAGGUAAAGGUGGUGCUUCUGGUACUGGAUCGUCGUUGCUGCGUGGCCGUUGAGAGAAGGAGGAAGCAGCAGCGCCGGCGGUGCUGCUCGCCGCCGCGAAACCCAACCCAGCGAGAUCAUCGACUGUGCUAUAUAGAACCGCGGCUCCGUGACUGUGCUUCAGCGCGCUACGAGCCGUACCGAAAACGUUGA